AUGCGCAAACAAUCGAGAGACGGCCGCAAGGCUCGACGUGGGAACUGGCCGCUCGAAAACAUCAACAAAGUACUUAGCAUACAGCAACCUGUGCCACAAUCAAAGGCGCAAGGUAAUGACGGAAGAAUCCGUCAAGCGGAACGUACCGGAAGUUUUCGACAUUCCAGAGAAAACCAACGCGGCGGACGAGGCCGUGAUUCGAGCAAUGACGAGCGGUUCGGUACACUGCCACAGCAGCCGCAAGGUGCGGCACCCUCCCUGCUUCAGCGUAUGACACGUGAUGGAAUACCCAUGCUGACUUCCAAAGUCGAGCAAUCGUAUAGUGGACAGGGAAAACGCAAGCGGGGAGACACCCAGGAGCGUGACCUGAAUCAUGAUGAUAAGCAGCGUUCCGCUCUCCCAGGUCAUGAUACUCUUGCUAGUCGGGGUACACCUGACGGCAAAUAUCAAGCUCAAGCUCGCGAACAUAAGCACAAGAAUAAAAGAUUCGACAGUACCAAGAAGGAGGUGGAAGUCCAGAAGAACGCCCAGAAGAAAGAGAAUGGUAAUAUUAUGGUACAGGCCGCAACGGAUUGCGCACCUCGCGGACCGAGAGCUGCACUACCGACGCGCAUGACUUGGGACACGCAGGACCAGCAGCAGAAGAAGGACAAAUGGACAGCCAAUAAAGGUCAGCAGAAGUCGAUUUCUACCGAACAAGAGGCAAAUCGAAGCAUGCAGCAGCCGCAGACAACGAGCAACCUCGAGAAGGCAUACAAGAUCCUUGUGAGCUCACCGGCACGCAAAGGAAGUCCAGCCAAUGCGAAGCGAAAGAUUGAGGACGUAGAUGAGCCUGCGAUUGGACCGCAGAAGAAGCAGCGUGUGAACGAUUCACGCAUGCCAACAUCACCACCUCAGAAGAAGAAGAAGAAGAAGCAGCAGUCACCGCAGAAGCCAGGACGUGAGCCUCGUGUUGAAGAUGCAUUCGCAGUUAACCCUGUUGUGGCCAAUCUGGAGUUCUUACCUACUUUCAAGGAGUACGACGACGACAGCGUCCCGAUCAUGAUGUCCGAACAGAUUCAGCACAUGGACUCGCCUGACCUGCUCAACGACCCAUCACCCCAGCUGAAGGCGAAUGCUUUCAUAUUGCUGAAGCGCGGUCUCAAUACUAAAGACCUUGGACGCAAGCCUCCCAAGGACGCGAACGGAAACGAAGUGAAGUUGAGAGGCCGUGUCAAGGUCAUCGAAGACAUCGACCUCUACCUUCACGAAGACGGCAAGCUCUACGUGGCGACUGAUCUCGGCCUGCUAGUUGUGGCUGAUUACCUCACACUUGCUGGUUAUCCUGACACACAGCCCGUUCGCUUCAACGGAAUGAAGCCCGCGUGGGUCGGGGCGGUGAUAGCUCGCGCAGAUACCCGUCGAACCAUCAAGAAUACCCAGGAACCCGAUUGGCUAAGGGAGCAGACGAACAGACAUCCAAAGGAGAUUCUUCCUGAUGUACCGGAGGGCGACUUGGGUCUAACCCCACACGUGACUGUCAAUGUGUACUUCCAAGACUACGAGACUGGUCGAGCGUUCGGACAGCGCGUCGAUUUGAACGAGACAGGAAAACACUACUUCAUUGGGUGGUUCGACAUGAAGAACGUCGGGGACUAUCUCCCUUUGGACUCGGACUGGGAGGGCUUGUACAUUGAGGAAGAUCUUGUUGCGGUGACCCAGAAGGCAAAGACGGCUAUAAUUCCUCCCACUGAGAAGGAAAAGUUGCCAUCAAAGCAGGCACAAGUUAUUCACACGGAUGCAGUAGUUCCUGCAGCGGAUGAGCAGCCACCCAAGAUCCCCGAAAUCAAGGGGCCAAAAGCGCCGAUCCCACAACAGUCGGACCCGGAGGUGAAGCAGGACACUGAGAAGCCCGAGAUCAGGCCUGAAGUCGACGCCCCGAUCCAGGAGAAGGCUAAGAACGAGACUGCAACACCGCCGCCAGUACCUGUCCCAGCCCCAGCGCAGCGCGCGUUGUACAACAGUAGGGACGUGGAAGACGAGGUCGAUUGGGAUGACGAUGACCUAUGA